AUGGAGAGUCAGUGGAACGGUUAUGAGGAGAGCACUUUACUUGGUUGUGGCGUGUAUCCGUUGCGCCGUACCUCACUGGACACUCCCAACGGUCCUUCGCGACCCAUGAGUGAGGUGAUAGAUCCCAUCGAGGGGGAGGGGGAACCACAAGACAUAGUUGACGAAGCGCUGUACUUUCUAAAAACACAUUUGGUUAGACGCGCGUUUCCCAUCAGGGGAGCGGGAGAUCGCGUUAUCUUAUACCUCACGUGGUACCUUCACGAAUGCAUCAAAAGUUUGGUUGGUCUUAAUCGUAAUGAGGCUCAGAAGGCAAUGCUUAACCGCGCCGUGGAGGGCGUCGUUGCUCCCGUGGAUGAAGGGUUCGUGUUCAGCCGCUUUUUUUCACCAGGAGAUGACUCUGAGCAAGAUAGAUGGAAAUCGUAUGCCACGCAGCUUCGUGUAGAGGCGGGAAGUCGGCUCGUUGAAAAAAUCUUCCUGUUUCCUGAGGAAGAUGGAACGGGGAACAAAUUUUGGAUGGCGUUCGCGAAGCGGCCGUUUUUGCUUGGUGGGUAA